ACCUCAAACACAUAAAAGGUCAGAAGCGACAGUUAUGUCGGAAGACAAAACAGGGUUGAAGGAAGGUGCGCUUCGAAGAGAAAGCGUUUACACAAACAAGCUUGUAGCGGGCACUCGGCAGAAGUCUCAAACCAAUCUCGGAUACCAACAACCACACAUGCUUCGGAAAUCAGAGCCUCUAGAAGAAAAACAGCAAGCAGAAGAGAGGGGACAACAGAGUGUAAAACAGAAGUUGCCAGCAAGGAAACAAAAGGGAAGUGAAUCAAUGUCCCCUGCUUUUUCAAAAUCCAUGCAUGCUGAGAUUAAUUUGCAAAAGAAGCAGUCACAUAUAAAUCAUGCCGCAGUUAGUAAGAAAAAUUUCACAGAAGCUCCUGAUGCAAUGCAAUCAGAAAGGUUUUCAGAUGGCAGACGUCAAGAAGAUCUGGUCAGUAACAAGAGUUCUGCUAGCUUAAAUGUCAACACAAGAGGCCCAGUGAGCGGGAACUCAAAUCAGGAUACAUCUUCAAGAGAGCAAGAAUCUAAACUAGCAAAAUCGAAAGCUGCCGUUCCACCAAUUAUGGAAAAGAAACCUGUUCAUGAUCCAGGCACCUGGAACACUGAAAGCAUUAAGGUGCAUAGAAGAGAGACUCCUCGAAUGAUCAAUGAAGUAAUGGUCAGAAGAGGAGGUGCCCUACAGAACUCUGCCAGGGCACAGAAACGUAAAAAUUCCAUUUUGCAAGAAGUGAAACAGAGAAAGAAUGAAAAACUCCGUGUCCCCAGAGAAGCAAAUCAAACAAGGAUUGGCAAGUCCAAAGAACCUGAAGUAAGCAUCAUUAAAACAAGAAAAUUAGUUGCUAGCAUAGAACCAACGGCUGUUGCACAACAACAGGAAAGAGAAGCUCAGGAGGCUCCCACUUUGCACAGUCCUACUGAGCAUGGAAGCCAAAGCGCAAAAGAAACACAGACUCUAGUUCGGAAUGACAGUUGCCAGCAGACAGACUCUACGGUUAUGAGUGAUCAGCAAGGUGGAGAACCACUGCUUAAUGGAGGUGUAGAACAGAAGUCUCACAUUACUGAAUCUAAUCCACCAAAUGGGAAGCAUCAAGGCAGCACUGAUAUCGCUUAUCCCUCACAAUUGGUGUACCAGAAAAGUUCUAGAACAGAAACAGCAAGGCCACUAACAGAGGGUGAAAAUCAUCUGAAGCAGAUACUGAUUAAAAGCCAGAUAUUUCUUAACACUGCAGAGGCUCUCUUCAAACUCAACAUUCCUUUUGACAUUCUUGAUGCCGGUGGCCCUGACUGUCAAGAUGAGGACAGCAAGCUCAUAUUAGACUGCGGCUAUGAAAUAAUGAAAAGAAAAGGAAGAACGCAAGAGCUAAGCGUUCAUCCUUUUAUUAAAGUAUCAAUCUCUGCAGUGAAGAUAAGAUCCUUGGACGACUUGGUUAGACAGUUAACUAAAGACUUUGAGAAGUUAAAAUUCUACGGUGGGAAUGUGAAUAGUGAAGUCAUUUUGGAAGAGUUUCUGCCUAAAUUGCUUGAGAAUGAUGUCUAUAACAAGGACCCAGAUGUGAAUUGUAUGUGGGAUUUGAGUUGGAACGAGAUGAUGUUUGCAUUUAUUGAAAAAGAUGAUGUUAUAAGGGAUGUGGAGAGAUUUGUUCUCAGUGGACUCGUAGACGAGAUUACCAGAGAUCUUUUAAUAUUCCAAAUUCCAGCGUUUUGAUGUGAACUGAUGGAAAAACAGGGGAAAAUAAUUUCGUUCUGCAUUGCAGUUUGUAAAGUAAACUGAAAAUUUUUAUGGGUUAUUUUUUUUUUCCAUUUUCCCUAAGGUAAUAUUAAAUUUGUGUAUAUGCCAGUUUGAAUUUUGAUCAUUGUCCAUAUCAAAUAUGCAAUAUCUAUGAGCAUAAUGUCACGGAACCCGUAUUAGGGGAAAUCUUGGACUUAUAAGAGG